UUUGGUGAUGGGAUGGCAGUGAGCAUGGCCCUUUGGGCAGGCAUAUGGGCCAUUCUCCUACAAUUGGCCCUUUUGCUGUUCUUCUCUCCACCUCCAGGCCACUGCCAAGGUGAAAGGUCCCGCCUACAGUUUACUCAACCACUGUAUCAUGCAUCGGUCUACGAGAACUCAGCCGCCCGCACCUACGCUGCCAGCCAGGUGCGCAUGGGCGUCCCUCUCCAACAUCACUCAUGGGAGGUGAGGUACCGCAUCACCUCCGGGGAUGAGGAAGGAUUCUUCAAGGCUGAGGAGUACACUCUGGGUGAUUUCUGCUUCCUGCGGAUAAGAACCAAAGGGGGGAAUGCUGCCAUCUUGAACCGUGAAGUUCAGGAUAACUACUUGUUGACAGUGAAAGCUUCCAUUAAGGGGGAUUCACUAGAGGCCUGGACUAAAGUUAGUGUGCAGGUGUUGGAUAUGAAUGACCUUCGACCCCUUUUCUCCCCUACCACAUAUUCAGUUACCAUUGCGGAAAGCACACCACUACGCACCAGCAUAGCUCAGGUCACUGCCACAGAUGCUGACAUAGGAUCGAAUGGAGAGUUCUAUUACUUUUUCAAGGAACGAAUGGAGCUGUUCGCUGUGCACCCAACUAGCGGAGUUGUUUCUCUCAGUGGGAAGCUGGAUGUUGAUACUCAAAACCGCUAUGAUCUUGAGAUUCAGGCUGUGGACCGGGGAAUGAAGCUGUAUGGGAAUAAUGGUGUAAGCAGUACAGCCAAACUGUUUGUUCAUAUAGAACGAAUUAACGAGCAUGUGCCCACACUGAGUAUUGUUACAUUAGCACCUGUAUGGACUGAGAAGUCCCCCGUUGUAGCUGUGGUCACUGCAGAGGAUCUUGAUGAAGGGGCGAAUGGAGAGAUUGAGACGGUAAGCAUUGUGGCUGGGGACCUUCUUGAGCUCUUCAGCAUUGAAAGGACAGAGAUGCCAAGUGAAAAAACGGGAGAUGAGGUAGUCAGUCAGAAAGGAUCUAACGAGUUUGUCCUUCGUGCAACAGAGCAUUUCGACUGGGACAGCUAUCCGUAUGGAUUAAACCUCAGCUUGCAGGCUCGGGAUCGUGGAACACCUCAGAAGUUCUCUGCUGUGCACUCGGUGCACUUACGACUGUCACAACCAGCCCCAGUGGAAAUCACAUUUCAGAAGGACGAAUACGAGGUCCUAUUGAAUGAAGUUGCCCCUCCUGGAACUGUUGUGGAGGCUGUGAAACUCCAACCAGAGCCAGAUGAUGCUGAGUACAUUCUGACUCCAUCUGCUGAUUCAGGGUUCUUCAAUAUCAACACCAUGACAGGCGUAAUCAGCACAGCACGUUGGCUUACCCAACUUACACAGGAAGUAUUUGAGCUAGAGGUCUUAGAAGUAGACAGUGACCUUAGGGUCAAGGUUAGAGUCAUUCUUGAAGAUGCCAAUGACAAUGCACCGUCAUUUGUUCAGCAGUCUUAUGAGGUAUUUAUCAAUGAAAGUGUUGCUAUAGGCACUGCUAUUGUUGUGGUGACUGCUUCUGAUGGUGACCAUGGGGAAAACGGGUACAUCACAUACAGCAUGGCUAGCUUGACACCAUUACCUUUCAGCGUGCAACAGUUCUCCGGAGCAGUCAUGACAACGCAGGAGCUAGACUUUGAGUCGUCUGUAGAGAGUUUUAGUUUUGUGGUUCGUGCUUCUGACUGGGGUUCCCCUUAUAGGCGUGAGAGUGAAGUCAAUGUCACUGUGCACCUAGAGAAUGUUAACGAUAACAAACCCCUAUUUGAGAAAGUGGCCUGUGUUGGUGUGAUCUCUCGAGAACUUCCGGUCGGUGAGGUUAUCGCCACAAUGUCUGCCAUAGACAUCGAUGAGCUAGAGCUAGUCAAAUAUAAGAUCCUCUCUGGGAAUGAGCGAGGCUACUUUGACUUAAAUCCCGAUUCUGGUGUCAUGACCUUACAUCACUCCCUAAACACUGUGGCACCCAAAAACUCGUUCAGUCUAAAAAUUACUGCUACAGAUGGGGAACAUUUUUCCGAUCCUAUGUUUGUGAACAUAUCUGUAGUGCAAGGGAAGUCACCCCCCAAGAGCUUCAGUUGUACCGAAACCAGAGUAGCCCAACGACUAGCUGAGAAACUUCUGAAGAAAGCCAAAGUUAGCAGUAAACCCAAAAUAGAGGAAGGCUUUAUUGACCUGUUCUCUGUGAACCGUCAAACGCCUCAAUUUGAUAAAUCCUUCCCAACUGAUAUCACUGUGCGUGAGGAUGUACAAGUUGGCACGAGUGUGUUUCAGGUAAAAGCCUUCGAUGGAGACACUGGGUUCAAUGGACAACUCUUAUACGCCAUUGCUGAUGGCAACACAGACAGUUGUUUCACUAUUGGAAUUCUGAAUGGCAUAAUAAGCAUCUUCCUUCCUCUAGACCGUGAGAGGACAGAUCGUUAUCUUCUAAACAUCACAUUGCAUGAUUUAGGCCAACCGCAAAGAUCCUCCUGGAGGCUUCUUACAGUUUACAUAGCAGAUGCAAAUGACAAUGCACCUCAGUUUCUUCAAGAUGGUGGCUACCAGGCCCACAUUGCUGAAAACACCCCCAUUGGUACCGAAGUCAUCCAAGUGGAAGCUACUGACAAAGAUCAAGGUCUCAGUGGCGAGAUCCAGUAUUCCCUACUCACCAGCACAUCACAGUUUGGCAUUAACAGCUCCAGUGGGAUUGUGUAUGUUGCAGGUCAGCUGGAUCGUGAGCUUGCUCCGUUCUUCAUAUUAAAAGUGGAAGCGCGAGAUCGGGCAGAGCGAGUGGCUCAACAGUUUUCUGUAACAACUCUUAAAAUCUCACUUGAGGAUGUUAACGAUUGUCCACCUGCCUUUAUCCCAAAUGUUGUCAGCGCCCGUGCACUAGAAGACCUCCCAGUGGGCACUGUCAUUGCCUGGCUGGAUACGCAAGACCCUGACCUGGGACUUGGAGGGCAGGUGCGAUACUCGCUUGCUAAUGACUUCGAUGGCCAUUUUGAGGUCGACAAGACUAGCGGCGCCAUUCGUCUUACCAAGGAGCUGGAUUACGAAACUCAACAAUUCUUCAACCUAACAGUUCGAGCAAAAGACAAAGGCCGACCUGUGUCACUUCUGUCAGUUAGCUUUGUUGAACUGGAGGUGGUGGAUGUUAAUGAGAACCUGUACGCACCGUAUUUUUCGAACUUCGCCAUGAAUGGAUCAGUAAAGGAAAGCAUUCGGAUUGGGACUUCCGUGCUCCAGGUCUCUGCAAGGGAUGAUGACACGGGGAGGGAUGGCGAGGUGCAGUACUCCAUACGUGACGGCAGUGGUCUUGGGAGAUUCACCAUUGACGAAGAAACAGGUGUCAUCUACACUACAGAUCUGUUGGACCGAGAGACGCAGGACUCCUGUUGGCUGACGGUGUACGCCACUGAUCUGGGAGUGGUACCGCAGUCAGCGGCGCUGCAAGUGUACAUACAGGUUGAGGAUGUUAACGAUAACGCUCCGCUCACGUCUGAACCGAUGUAUCAUGCCACCAUUCUGGAAAAUUCCCCAAAGGAUCAGUCAGUCAUUCAGAUCCAGGCGCAGGACCCUGACGCCACGGCAACUGAGCCCCGCCUGUCAUUCCGGAUCUCCAGCGGCAACCCGCAGAACUUCUUCAGCAUCAACCCGCGCACCGGUCUGAUUACCACAACCUCUCGGAAACUGGAUCGUGAACAACAGGCUGAGCACGUACUGGAGGUGACUGUAUCAGAUGGUGGUCCUUCUCCCAGACACACCACAGUAUGGGUGGUGAUCCAAGUGUUGGAUGUUAACGAUAACAAACCAACGUUUCCAGAGAAGGUGUACCAGGUCCGUUUACCCGAGCGCACCCGUAAACAGCGAGGCGCUCCUAUAUAUCGGGUGUUCGCCUAUGACCAAGACCUGGGCGCCAACGCUGAACUCUCCUACAGCAUCGUUGAUGGCAACGAGGACGGGAAAUUUGUAAUCGACGCCAAAACUGGUGUGGUUUCAUCGCCCAAGAAACAGUUCACAGCUGGAACCUAUGAUAUUCUUACCGUGAAGGCUGUGGAUAAUGGACGUCCUCAGCGCUGGGCGACGGCUCGUUUGCACAUCGAGUGGAUCCGCCGUCCACCGCCCAGCCCUGUUCCUCUUGCCUUCGAUGAGCAGCUUUAUAAUUUCACUGUCAUGGAAAGCGACAAAGUGGCAGACAUCGUAGGCGUGGUGUCCGCUCAACAGCAAGGCUCCGCCUCCUUGUGGUUUGACAUCACAGGUCCACGCUCUUUCCGUGAGAUGUUCUAUAUACUCCAGACCGCUUGCGGCAGGAACUGUUCUACAGAAGGUGGUGAUGUGGACAGUAUGUUUGGCGUUGAGAAAGGCGUCGGCACUAUCGUCAUCGCUAAACCUCUGGACGCCGAACAGCGGUCGUUUUACAACCUCACUGUGGAGGUUACAGAUGGGACUAAUAUAGCGUACACUCAGGUCCACAUUACAGUUCUGGACAACAACGACAAUGCCCCUGUUUUUUCCCAGCCUACCUAUGACAUCACAAUCACAGAAGACACGCCCCCGGAUACUGAGGUUGUGCAGGUGUUGGCGUCUGACCGUGACGAGCGUCACCGUUUGACCUUUAGCCUCCAGAGCAGCGUUGACCCCAGCAGCAUGCGGCUCUUCCGCAUCGACUCCAACAGUGGAAUCAUCUACACGGCUCGCAGACUGGACCACGAGAGCCGAACACAGCACAUCCUCACCAUCAUGGUGAAGGAUCAAGAGUUCCCGUACAGACGUAGUCUUGCUCGUGUCCUGAUCGGUGUAGAAGAUGUGAAUGACCACGCCCCUCUUUUUACCAUGGUGAUGUAUAAUGGACAGGUGUAUGAAUCAGCGGCACUGGGAUCGGCUGUUCUCACGGUGACUGCACUCGAUAAGGACAAGGGCCAAAAUGCACAAAUCAGUUACAGCAUCGACUCAGGGAACACAGGAAACACUUUCCGGAUUGAUCCUGUUUUGGGCAUCAUCUCAUUGGCUCGGGAGCUGGACCUGUCCAACAUUGGUCACUACGUUUUGUCUGUCAAAGCAACGGAUAACGGUUUUCCGGCAUUGUCUUCAACAGCUGUCGUCCGAAUCGCAGUCACCUUGUCUGAUAAUGCUGGUCCUAAGUUUCCCCAAAGUGAAUACCAGGCGGAAAUAUCAGAAGGUGUUGCCAUUGGAACUUCAGUCAUCACCGUGAACGCUCUAAGUCUGUCCACCCUUACCUAUGACAUUCGCCACGGCAAUGGUCAUCGGACAUUCCGUAUCAACCAGUACAGUGGAGUGAUCACAACGCAGAAAACUCUAGACUUUGAAACAGUUUCCUCCUACGUGCUAAUAGUCACUGCAAGCAACAUGGCUGGACAGGCCUCAAAUGCUACAAUAACUGUUACAGUUCUCGACCAAAAUGAUAAUGCACCGGUGUUCCAACUGCUGCGUUACCAUGGAAGUAUCAGUGAAGGUGCUGGGCUUAACAGUGUUGUGCAGAGUGACAAUGGACAACCACUAGUCAUACGAGCAAGCGACACUGACCGCAACCAUAAUGCCCUGUUGGUGUAUCAGAUCAUGGAAGAAUCUGCCAGGCGAUUCUUUGCAGUAGAUGCCGGUACUGGCUCCAUAAGGACAAUUGCUCAGCUUGACCAUGAAACCACACCUACAUUCAGUUUCCAUGUUAACGUCCGAGACAGUGGACAUCCACAACUCUCAGCUGAGCAUCCUGCAGAAGUGACCAUUGAGGUGCAAGAUGUUAACGACUGCCCACCUAAGUUUUCCCAGGAUUCCUAUGAAGCUGUCCUUUUGCUCCCAACUUAUGAAGGCGUGGAAGCCCUAAAGGUUUCUGCUACUGAUACCGAUGGUAAUGGCCAGUCAGACCUCACCUACUCAUUGACAGAUGGCAGCAUAGAACAUUUCAGCAUUGAGCCAAGCACUGGACUGUUGACUGUGAGAAACAGUACUUUUAGCAAAGAACGAUUCCGCUUCAACGUCCGUGUUUCAGAUGGACGCUUCUCCAGCACCGCUCUGGUUACCGUCCUGGUGCAUGAGGCUCUGGACAGUGGGCUGGCUUUUACUCACAAUACCUACAAUGCCAACAUUGAGGAGAACAAUGGUAACAUAACAACAGUUGCUGUCGUUACAGCACUAGGGAACAAGUUGAACGAACCCCUGCGAUAUACUUUGUUGAAUGCAGGUGGGAAAUUUCGCAUCAGGCCAACAUCCGGUGCCAUUGAAACUGUCGGAGUCCCAUUAGACAGGGAGGAGAAGGAGGAAUACGGACUUCUGGUACAAGCAGGCCGUGAGGAAGACCGUCUCCGUGUUGCAAGGGCGCUGGUCCGAGUUCAAGUCACCGAUGUCAAUGACAAUUCUCCAGUUUUUGUUGGAUUGCCAUACUAUGCUGCUGUGCAAGUGGAAGCAGAGCCUGGGACAGCAAUAUUUCAAGUGACAGCAGUGGACCGGGACAAAGGACAAAAUGGGGAGGUGAACUACUUUCUGCAGGAUGAACUGGGACAUUUCGAAAUGGAUCGUGUGAGUGGCGAACUUCGCCUAUGGAGAGUUUUCGGGGCAGAUCUCUCCAGUGUGGAAUAUCAGGUUCUGGUGUUUGCCCGUGACAUGGGAACACCACCUCUUUCUUCUUCAGUCACCUUUCCCGUUACAGUGGUAAACAGAGCAAUGCCAGUGUUUGACCGACCAUUCUACUCAGUGAAAGUGAGCGAAGACAUACCAAUAUGGACUCCAAUUCUGGGAAUAAACGCCAGCAGCCCUGAAGGCCAGAGUGUCCUUUACACAAUCACACACGGUGACCCAGGAACACUCUUCUCCAUUGGAUUUGACACAGGUGUUAUCAGUGUCAUCUCUGCCCUCGACUAUGAGACCAGCCCUUCCCACAGACUCAUCGUCAGAGCAACAGACUGCCUCACAGGCGCUCGUGCAGAAGUGGAUGUUGAAGUUACUGUUUUGGAUGUCAACGACAACCCUCCAGUCUUCGAGCAGCCCUCGUACAAAGCUGUAAUUUCAGAAUCUGCCAUGAUUGGCACUGCAGCCUUGCAGGUUCUCGCAACAGACAGCGACUCUGAGAAAAAUGCAGCUGUCCGAUACCAAAUCAUUCCAGACCGUGCCAACAGCACUGACCACUUCCACAUCGACAGCAGCAGUGGUCUAAUUCUGACAGCUCGCUCCCUGGACCAUGAGACCAUCCAGCACUAUGUGUUUCUUGUCAAGGCAACAGAUAAUGGCUUUCCCCCAUUGAGCACCGAAGUUUGGGUCACAGUCAAUGUCAUGGACACAAACGACAAUGAUCCAGUGUUUAACCAACUGCUCUAUGAAGCCUCUGUCAGUGAGUUGGCACCCAAAGGGCACUUUGUUACAUGCAUCCAGGCCUCUGAUGCAGACCGUUCAGAUGCAGAACGCUUGCAGUAUGGCCUGGUGUCUGGAAACGAAAGGAUGCUGUUUGAGCUUGAUGCCGCCACCGGUGUCCUCACCCUGAGUGGCCAGCGACGCAUGCUGCGCAUGCCUUCCACCAUCACCCUAAAUGUAAGCGUUUCCGAUGGAGUGUUUACCAGUACAGCACAAGUACACAUUCGGGUAGAGCGAGCAAAUCUACAUGCCCCCCAGUUCACCCAGGGCAUGUGCGAGGCCGAUGUACGGGAGAACGCACCAGUGGGAUCAAAGGUCAUUGCAAUCAGGGCACAAGAUUCUGAUCCUGGACCAUUUGGGGAUGUGAGGUAUGUGCUGCUAUCAGAUGCUGCUCGGGAUUUGUUCAGUAUUGAUGGCAGUGGACAAAUAACGACACUUGAACGUCUGGACCGGGAAGAACGAAGUGAGAUGGUGCUGUCCAUUGCUGCUGUGGAUGCAGGUGGCCGAUCUGGAUAUUGCAGUGUCCGGGUCACCGUACUAGAUGAGAACGACAAUGCUCCACUGUUUGGCGCCUCGGAGUACCAUGCAAGUGUGCGAUCUGAGGUUGAACCUGGUACCCUUGUGACACAAGUACAAGCUUGGGAUCUAGAUCAAGGUGCCAAUGGACAGGUGAGCUACAGUCUGUACAGCGAAGCCAGCCUGCAGGUUAAUGAACUUCUGGAUAUCGAUCCUGACAGUGGCUGGGUUGUCACCAAAGGCAACUUCGCCCCUUUGCGUGGAUCUGUGCUGUCCUUUUUUGUUAAAGCCUCUGAUGGAGGUGCACCUGUUAGACAUUCCCUUGUGUCUGUCUACAUACACGUUUUGUCUGCCAAUGCCCACAUACCUUCCUUCAGCCAACCACAGUUCUCCUUUACUGUGCCAGAGGACAUGCCCAUUGGUUCCGUGCUGGGAGCAGUGCAUCUACACACCUCAACUAGCCACUCUUCCUUACCAGUGAGCUUCUCAGCAGUGAUCGGACAGACUCUAGAGAGUAACAGUGAUGGAGUGUUUGUGGUUGACAAAGAAACCGGCAUGAUCAAACUAGACAAAGCACUGGACCGAGAGCUGACAACGGCCUAUCAUUUCAAAGUGAUGGCAAUGUUGCAGCAGGGACGUUUAGACGCAGUUUUGGCCAUAGAUGUGGAGGUCAAAGUACAAGAUGUCAAUGACAACAAACCAUCGUUUGAGUCGGAUAACUAUGAGGCAUCAGUCACUGAGGGUCUUUCUCCUGGGACUAGGAUUCUGCAAGUGCGAGCUUUGGAUCCUGAUUGGGCAGCUAAUGGUCAGGUGACUUACAGUCUUGCUCCACCUGGGUUGCUUGGUGGCUCCGGUGGGGAAGACAUUGAAGAGCAUGGAGCCUACUUUACGAUUGACAGCAGCUCUGGUUGGAUAUCAACACUGAAAGGGCUGGACCAUGAACAGAACCCCGCCCAUAGUCUUACAGUCUGGGCAUUUGACCUUGGAGAUCCUGCUAGCCAGUCAUCCUCAACAACAAUUACUAUAGCAGUGAGCGACUCCAACGACAACAUACCACAAUUUCUUCAGCCCCGUUACUAUGGAAGUGUACUUGAGAGUGAUGCACCUGGUGAAGUGGUGGCAGUACUGAACACACGGGACAAUGACAGCUCACCUGGAAACCGACAAGUCACCUAUCAUGUUACAGGUGGUAACAGAGGCGGGGUGUUUGCUCUCGGGUUGGUUCAGGGAGAGUGGAAGCUGUACGUUAAACGACCGUUAGACCGCGAAGAACAAGAACGGUACCUCAUCAAUGUCACGGCGACAGACGGACUCCACGUUUCCACGGCAACCGUAGAGGUCAUGGUCAUUGACACCAAUGACAACAGCCCCGUCUGUGACCCGGCCGUGUACUCAGUGUCCGUGUCUGAAGAUGUCACCAUAAAUAAGCAAAUCCUCCGGGUCAAAGCUACAGACGCUGACGCGGGCGCAAACGCACAGAUCCAGUUCUCCCUGUUCGGUUCUGGGGCAGAAGACUUCAUCAUACAUCCACACACAGGCGAGCUGAAGACAGCCGCGGCGCUGGACCGGGAAAAGGUUGCACGAUACUCUCUGGUUGCCCGAGCGACAGACAGCGGCGGUUUGUGGUGUGAGGCUGAGGUGGUGGUGGUUCUCUUGGAUGUGAAUGACAGUCCACCGAUGUUUAACAUGCCCCAUUACACCGCUAGUGUCUACGAGAACACCGCCACUAAAGCUCUGCUGACCCGAAUACAAGCCAUAGACCCUGAUCUGGGUGUUAAUCGUAAAGUGGUCUAUUCCCUUGUUGAUUCGGCUGACGGGUUCUUCUCCAUUGAUAAAUCAUCCGGGAUUGUUGUUCUGGAGCGUUUGCUGGACCGCGAGGUUCAGUCCUCAUAUCGUAUAACGGUCCGUGCGUCAGAUCAAGGCGUUCCAGUUCGCCUCUCUUCCCUUGCGAACAUAACGAUCACAGUUUUGGACAUUAACGACAACCCGCCUGUGUUUGAGAGGAGGGACUAUCUGGCCACGCUUCCUGAAGAUGUUGCAGUGGGUACGGAAGUGGUACAGGUUUACGCUGCGAGUAAAGAUAUUGGCACCAACGCUGAUAUUUACUACAACAUCCGAUCCGGAAACCAACAGGGCCAUUUCACCAUUAACAUCAACACAGGUGCCAUCUCUGUAUCUCGACCACUAGACUUUGAGUCCUGCAAGGAUUAUUUCCUUACAGUGGAAGCAACUGAUGGCGGGACUCCGCCCCUUAGUGCUGUUACCAUGGUGAACAUCAACCUGACAGACGUCAAUGACAACGCCCCCAUGUUCAGCCGCGACGCCUACAGCGUGUCCAUCAGCGAGGACGCUAACAUAGGAGACACCGUAGUCAAGGUGACUGCGGAAGACGUCGACAGCCAAGCGAACGGCGACAUCCUGUAUUCCAUCGUCAGCGGCGACCGAGAGAACCAGUUCUUCAUCGAGCCAAUCACAGGCCAGAUCAAAGUCAACAAGCAGCUGGAUCGAGAAACGAUGGCUGGUUACUCGUUGUCCGUCAGAGCUCUUGACAGCGGGACGCCUGCGAUGUCCUCAACCGUUCAGGUCAACAUCGACAUCUCUGACGUCAACGACAACCCGCCCACCUUCACUCCAGCCAAUCACACUGCAGUUAUACAGGAGAACAAGCCUUUGGGAACAAGUGUCCUACAGCUGUCCGUCAUCGAUAAGGACGCCAGUCACAACGGCCUGCCUUUUCAUUUCCGAAUUCUAUCAGGAAAUGAGGGGGCGUGGUUUAAACUGGAUAGAGAGGGGCUGUUGACAUCCAAUCAGGUGUUUCGUAGGUCAGAAGGCACAGAGUAUGUCAUUCAUGUACAGGCCAGUGAUUCAGGCAGGCCGCCCCUGUCGUCGAUGGCAACCGUGUUGGUGCGUGUGAUAGAGGAGAGCAUGCACAAGCCAGUGGCGUCACCUUUACACGUGCACAUCGUAACCAUGGAGGACGAGUUUCCAGGAGGUGUGAUCGGUCAGAUCCACGCCACAGACCAGGAUGCUUUUGAUAUUCUCACCUACGGACACACACACCAGCAGAGCAGCCUAUUCAAGGUGAGUCCUCGAGACGGUCGAAUCAUCGCUCUGAGCGGGUUGGACGCGGGCCGCUACAGCCUCAACGCUACAGUAACAGACGGCCGCUUCACUGUGAGUGUGCCCGUGAGCGUGCAUGUGGAGCAGGCCUCGGCCGAGAUGCUCCACGAUGCCGUGACGAUCCGUUUCGACCACGUCUCCCCUCACGACUUCGUAUCCCGUCACCUCCCCUCGGUCACACGCGUCCUGUCCAGCGUCAUGGCGACGCCCUGGCCCGACGCUCUGCAUGUGCUCAGUGUGCAGCCGGUGGAAUCCACAGGGCAGCUGGACCUGCUGGUUGCCGUGGAGACGGAGGAAGGAGGCGGGUUCUACAAGGCGGCGUUGGUGACGCAGAAGCUGAGCUCUGCGCGCCGCCAGCUGGACCAGGUUCUGAGAGUCUCAGCGGUGCUGGAUAAGAACUGCUCGGGUCUGGACUGCAGGGAGGCCCAGUGUGAACAAACCAUCACGCUGGACUCGCACAGUCUGCUCACGUACAGCUCCACCAAAACCAGCUUUGUGUCACCCAAGUUCCACAGGAACACCCGAUGCGUGUGCAGCGACGGGAGUUGUUCUGCUGCGUCGGAGGUGUGUGUGGACAUGAGAUGUCCCGGUGACAUGCAGUGUGUGGGAACGGACAUCAGCAGGGGGCCGUACGUGUGCCAGUGUCCGCCGGGCAAACUGGGAGAGUGUGCAGGACACACCUCUCUGAGCUUCUCUGGUAACAGUUAUAUCAAGUACAGAGUGACGGAUGGAGAGAGAAGCGGAGAGAUGAAGUUAGCACUCCGCAUCAGAACGCUGCAGAGCACAGGAAUCAUUAUGUACACGCGUGCAGAUCCGUGUAGUGUGCUGAAGAUCGAAGAGGGAAAGCUGUGGUUCCAGUUGGAUUGCGGCAACAGUCCCAGGAGCAUCGGGAUCUCCGGCCGUCCGGUCAACGACGGGAACUGGCAUCACGUGGUCCUGGAGCUGCGAGGAAACUACAGCAGCCUUUCGCUAGAUGACAUGUACGUGGAACGGCGACUGGCCACGACUAAAUACCGACCUCUGGGAGCAGAUUUGUCCAUUUAUUUCGGAGCGCAGGUGUCGCCCCCGGAUGCCCGUAGCUUGACGGAAAGGAAGGGUCCGUGGGUCACCAACGGCUUUCAGGGCUGUUUGGACUCUGUGGUUCUGAACGACAAUGAACUCCCGCUGCAGAACAAGCGCAGCCCGUAUGCAGAGGUGGUGGGACUGACGGAUCUCAAGUUGGGAUGCGUUCUCUAUCCGGAUGCGUGUGCCGCUCAGCCCUGUGUAAACGGUGCCACCUGCGUUAGCCUGCCAUCUGGAGGUUAUUUGUGCAUUUGCAGCGCUCUGUACACCGGAGGGCACUGUGAGACGGAGAUCAGCGUCUGCAUGCCAAACCCGUGUCAGAACGGCGGCGUGUGUAAACCCAUCGGAAACGCCUUCAUCUGCAGCUGCAAGAGAGGAUACACCGGCGCAACUUGUGAAGAGGACGUGAACGAGUGUGAACGUGAGCUGUGCGAGAACGGCGGCGUGUGCGUCAACACUUUCGGCUCGUUCUACUGUAACUGCACACCGGGUUUCGUGGGCAGCGCUUGCUCCAUUCGUCCCGUGCUUGUUCCGGAUAUGCAGGCUGGCCACGCCUACGUUGGGAAGGAGGAGCUUAUCGGCAUCGCCGUCGUGCUCUUCCUCAUCCUCACCCUCAUCCUCCUAUUCAUCGCCUUCCGGAAGAAGGUAUUCCAGAAGAGCUAUUCGCGGAAUAACCUUUCCAUGAUUCAGGAUCCGGCUACGGCUGCCCUGCUGCACAAAGCCAACGGUGGGCACUAUCCACCGCUACGCUGCGCCAUUGGAGAGCCAAUCAGCUUGUACAUGGAAGGAAGUCUUUCGUGUCCUCCUCAGGUCCCCGUUAGGCCGAUGGCAUACACGCCGUGUUUUCCCGGAGACACUCGGGGAACCCUGGAAAAGCGGCCAGGUGACGGCCGAGGCAUGGAGCUGACGGAAAUGAGCACUUUCCAUCCAUCUGAGUCGCCGCGGAUACUGGGCGGGACCAACCGGAGGGGCGUGGUCGUGUGCAGCGUGGCACCAAAUCUGCCGCCCGUUUCGCCGUGCCUGUCUGACUGUGAUUCCCUACGGAAGAGUCCCUGGGAAGAGGAGGGUAAAGUGGAUUUGCUGGAAGAAGUCACAUGUUUCUCUGGCAGUAACAAGGGCAGCAACUCCGAGGUCCAGUCGCUGAGCUCCUUUCAGUCUGAUUCCUGUGAUGAUAACGCUUCCAUAGUGACGGUAAUUCGGCUGGUCAAUGAUGCAGUCGACACGAUUGAGAAUGAAGUGUCCGUUAUGGAUCAAGGUCAAAACUUCAACAGAGCAUACCACUGGGACACUUCCGAUUGGCUGCCAAGUAUACGCCUACCUGACAUCGAGGAGGUCCCCACCUAUGAGACGGGCGAAGUGGGCGUGGCCUUAGAAUCCGACUAUUACCUUGGUGGAUUCGAUAUCGACAGCGACUACUCACCACCUCAGGAGGAGGAGUUUAUGUCCCAGGACCAGCUGCCCCCGCCCCUUCCCACCGAGGAAUAUGACACCUCACCCGCCAAUCAACCCGUGUCUAGGGAGAGCACUCUGAGCGGGGACCGCAAGCCCCGCCCACACUUCCACCCCAGCCAAUACCUGCCCCCGCAUCAGCUGCCACUCGGCUCUACGGGGGAGGAGUUUAGCACUUUUACAGGCAGGGAGGCGCGCCUGUCCAUCAAUGCCUCCUCUGCCUCUGACGUUUCCUCCGCGCCCUGCGGGUUCGAAGACUCUGAGACAGGAGGAAGUUUGGAUAGUUUGGAGGACGCGCACAUGCACCCACAUACACAGCAGACUGAGGUCUGAUAUUCCACCAGUAACUGCAGACGCAGUUAGUGAUGUUCACAGGACGUGUUUUCCCACAUAAAAGACACUAAACUCUUGCAUCUGUCAGAUGCAGCAGAUUCAGUCUGAGGACUGCUGACGCCGCAGACAGACUCUUAGCGCUGCCCUCUGCAUGAGCAGCUGAAAUAUAAAAGCACAGGAAGUGUCUGGAAGUGAUGUCAUGGGUGGGGCCCAUGCAAUUAAAGCAACAAGAAGCGCCAUAGCGAACAAAGACCAAUGAUCUGUAGAUGUGUUUUCAGAAAUCACCUGGUGCAUUUCAUUGUUCCUUCCAGUUCCUGAUUUGUUUGGUGCUCCCCUUUGUGUGGUUGAAAUCUGGAUCUGUUCUAAAACCUAGUGAGCCUACCUAGAUGAUAUUAUGCUGCCUUCUAAGAUACAAAUUGUGAGUUUAAAUAUUUUUUUAUUUGGUAUUUCACAAAAUAAAAUCCAUUU